CAAACAGCAUGGAAAACAAACAAGAUGACCACAAACAUCAUCAAAAAAUCGUAGCUUAUACCUAUGUGCUCUAUGGACUCGCAUUAAAGGUUUUUCUGGUAAAUUUUAACAUUUGGACACAAGUUAUCGAAAAAGCUAAACAACUAUGCUUAGAAUUAACCACCUGCUGGGUGCUGGACAGUAUUGAUCCAGAAUUGAUUAAGUAUUUUCCGUGCUGCCUUACGUUUUGCCGUGUAGUGACUUCAUUUCCUCACAGGUAUUUUUCAGUCCAUUGCACGUGAGAUAGACCAUUUUAAUAUGAAGAGGUCCUGUCGAGAUCCUUAUUACAUACAGGUUACAUUUGAGUAUUUGCUUCAUAUGGGCUUGCUUGACACAGCAACGGUUUUUAAAGAAGAGUGUGAAGUUAAAAAGUAUCCCGUACCACACAGUAAUUUAACCAAAGAUGAUCUCAAAUGUAAGUUGUUACAAUAUUUUGAUUUGGGAGAAGAGGAGCCUUUCUUCCAGGUGUUUGAUUCUUCAAUUUCGCAACUUCAACAAGGGCGCUCUGCUGAGAGCAAGAAAUUAGUUGCCAACCUUUAUUUAUAUUUUGCAUCCAUGAGGUAUGUGAGGGAUAAAAAUCAGACAAAGAGAUCUAUAUCAGACAUUGAGCAAGAUGACAGCCAACAGAUCCAGAUACCAAAUUUCCUCCUCCUAUCAAAAUUUUUAGAAAAUGAUUGUUUCACUCUAAGGAAUGAUCCUGAGUUUACUCCAUACUUUUCCUUAGCAUUUGCAUCAAACCCUUUACAUCAUCAUCUAUUUGUGCAAACAUUCAAGGACUGCUGGAUUUCAAAUUUGCGGAGAUGUUUACAAGAAUAUUUGUGGAUUCAUCAUCCAGCUUUCAAAGUCCCUGACAUUGUUGCAUUCAUUCCAACAAAAGCCCAUAGUGAUAUUUACUGUUGUGUCCCACAUCAAGAUUUUACAAGUAGCUGUGAGACUACAGCUGAAGAAAAUAAUCUGUCGGAUGGGAAUAAUUUUAAAGUAGUAAAUGACCAUGAACAUUUUUCAGAAUGUAACGCUCAUGAAUCAAAUUUUAUCUCUGAGAAUGAAAGUGAAGUACAAGAGACAAUGCACAGCCAUAAGAACACUGCUCUGUUCAUUAGACGUCAAAAUCAUAAAUCUUCCACAUCACGCACAUCAACCAGUAAUAUUAAUCUGGAGAUGGAGGGGUGCCAACAGGACUAUGAACAGUUAAAGAAAAAAUUUAGUCAGUUACAUAGUGACUACCACAACCUUAUAGGUGUUGCUUCUGAGUUAACAUGUGCAUUGGAAAGUUGUGUUCGGGGCCAACAAUGUGACUUGAAAGACACAUUGAACAACUGUAUUCAAAUAUUCCCUGAACUGUUUCCUCAAAAUCAACAUAGGAAAAAAAUCAGAAACAGAGAUGGUAAUAAGAAUAUCUCACUGGACUCAAAUAGUUGUGAAUGGACCUUGCAUAUAGCGCUCAUAAAAAAUGGCUUGACAGAGGGCAGUGUGAAGACCCGCCUCCUGCUACUACAAGCUUUGCGUUGGGCAAUAACAAAAAGUUCUAGUGAUAAAAGAAAAUGCAUCAUGAAUCAGUUUUUAAAAUUGGAUUUACUUAAUUUACAAGGUGAAACACUCCUUGUAAGCUUGCUUACACCAUCUGGUGUGGUAACACCACAUCCUCUUCAGCAAUCUGCAGCACGUCUUUUAAAUACAUUUGCAUCCAUUCAAUCGGGGCGCAGUUAUCUCGCACAAAAUUCUGAAAUGAUAAAAGCCACAACAACUGCACUGAAAGAACAAGACCAGAUGUGUACAGAUUCAAUCACCAAAAAUAUGCUGGUAGCAGCUCUUCAAAAACUUAGCCUUAGGAGGAGUCAGAGGGUUGCCAUGAUUCAAUCAGGUGUUGUUGAAUGGAUAUUUGAUCAGCUAUCAAAGUCCAAAUUUGAAUCCUCAUACUCCCUUGAAUAUGGUACUGCUCUUCUCAUGAAUCUUUGUCUCCAUCAAUCAGCCAAAGAGCUGUGCAUACCAAUCGCUCAGACAGUGUUUGGAGUUUCAAGCCUUCUUUCCUCAUCAAUUUUCCAGGCUCUACCUUACAUUAAUGGCACUUUAUAUAGUCUUAUCACUCAUCCUCGGUUGAAUGAGAUUGCAGCAGAGGUUGGACUGCGCAAAGCUCUUGAGGAGAAUUUGGCAAAACAGACUAAUCUGGAUAUUAGAAGGCAAAUGGAGCAUAUUCUUCAAUAUCACCUGUCUUUAUUACAAAGUGACUGUGCUAAUACUUUCCCCUUACCUGUGAGCGAAGGAGAGCUCAUUGAUGAGGAUGAUGAGGAAUUAGACCUUUUGGGAGAGGAACUUGACGAGCAGGACCCUGUUCGUAGUAUCAAUGGAGAGUUGAAUGGGGAAGAUCUGUUACGUGCUCACUACAGUCUUCCAACCAAUGCCAAUGGAAAUAAUGAUUAUGUACCCACAGCACAAACUGAGGAGGUAUCAACAUUAAUUUUGCGUCCAACAACUCCACAUCAUUCUAGCCAGUCUGAGUCUGUUGCUGAAACCAGUCAUGCUGGCAACUUUGAGGCCACAUCAGCCCAAGAUAUCAGUAAGAAAAAUAAUUGGCACCUUAGAAGGAGCGGUAUGAAACAGCCUCAGCUCUUUAACCGUCAGGAUGAAAAUCGUCCUUCUCGAUCACAAACAUUAGCUUUUAAGUCAGAAGUUAAUGGGUCGGUCCGCAAAAUUGAGCAGCCCGAGCAAUGGCAGCAAACAUAUCCAAAUGGAACAAGUGGCAAGCAGCAUGCAUCAAGUAGGGAGGGCCAGUGGAAAGAGUUGCCUGAAAUCUCCAUACACUUAGCUUGUACAUCAGAUAGUACCGAUACUGACAAUAACUUCAAUUGGGAUGAAGACUCUGAAGAUGUACAAGUGGGUGGAGAGCCAAGCAAGGAACCGUGUUUGCAGACUGCUCGGCAAACUACAGGUGUACCACAUGAGGAAGACAUGGAAAAAAUCAUGUCAACAAAAAAAGGGACCAGCGAUACAGAUGCUGCGUUUUCGUCUCGGCCCAAAAUCCCCCGCACACCACCUCACCACCAUUGAAAAAAAGGACACUGUCACCUAUUGAGGUGGUGAGGGUGGGCUGCGUGCACGAUGGGUUGCCUAUCUGCAGGCGCUCUCAUCCAAGAGGCCACAAAACCGUACGACAUGGUUUUGUUUCGCCCACAAACUUUUUCUCGCUGUUUUUUUUUUUUUUGAGC